GGUUUAAGAGCCGCAACCAACGACAUGAUAAAUAAAAGUUACCGCUAACAUCUCUGCCGAUGACAAUGUCGCAUUUAAAGUAAUAACGGUCAAUAACAGUGUCCUAUCUUUACUACGGCCGCUGCACAAAUAAUAAGUUUUCUUUGUGUGGCAGUAGUGAGCUGACGUCAGGUCGGUUCCUUGAAGUGGAGCUGAAUAAACCUUGAGAAGAGUCUCCUUCAAUCUGCUGUUAGUAACUAACACACACACACACACUCACACACCGAGACUCAAUUACUGCCCAAUUCCCUUCUUUAUCAUUCGUCCCCGACCUCUUUCAUAACCAAAACCGACCAAGGAAAAAAAGAGGAGAGAAGAAGACCGACCCGAAGUGUUAGUUGAACUAAAAACCCACGUUGGAAAUAAGUAAAGUGUCGAAACUAAAAAAAGGUGUUACAGCAGUUAUGUCAAAGAGCUGAAGACAUCUCUAACAAUAUGGAGUCUGGAGAGCGGCUGGCCUCCCCUGCGCCCACCCUGUCUGCUGCUCGCACCUCCUCCCCUGCGGCCUCUUCAUCCUCCUCCUCCUCCUCCUCUUCCUCCUCUUCGUCAUCCCCUGCUCCCCACUCUAAGAGCAGCCUGGCCCCGAGCCCCUCAGCACUGGGAUCCACCCUCAGCACCUCUGGCCGUCUGUUUGGAGCAGCAGGAGAGCAGCCCUUCAUUGGCUCCACAUUGUCAAGUGCCUUCCCUCUGGUCAACCACCCAGCCUUCGGAGCCCUCUACACUGCCGGAGCAGGCAGGCCUGAGUUUGGAGGCCUGGGCUCUCUGGGAAUGUCAGCUGCUCUGGCUACCCACCCCCAGCUAGGAGCCCUUUCUGAGUGGUGGCGAGCUGCUGAAGCCCACGGACGAGGAGCUGCUGCCUUUCUACCCUCUUUCAUCAGCUUCCCUCCAUUCUUCACCCCUCACAUCCAGCCCAACCACAGCGCUAGUCCUGUUCAGAUCAGGAUGCCAGGCAAGAACAGCCACACCCCAGCUAAAGGGGUGAAUGGAGCAGUGAAUGGCAGCGGGGUCUGUCCUCCCACCACACAAUCAGGAAGCUUUUCUGCGAGUCCGGCUCCUGUUCAGGCAUCGACUAAGCCAACCAAAAAUUCAAACCCCUCUAAUAGUCACCGUAGCAGCCCUCAGAACAAUCCAGCAGAGUUGGUGGAAAAGCCAAUCCAGAAACCUAAAGAGAAGAAGCCACGAAAGAAGCCAGCAGACACUUCUGUGGCAAGUAACAGUGAAUCCGGCACAUCCUCAGACAGCUCAAGUGACGGGUCCCUCAGCAGUGAUCUGGAAGACCUAGCAGAGGAUGACGAAGACGAUGAUGAUGACGAUGAGGAUGACGAAGAAGACGACAAACAGAGCGAAGUGUCUGACUCUGAGAAGCGGACAAAGAAGAAAACAAAGGUUUUGAUACACAGCACUGGAACUGCAAAGACUGACAGACCACUCUGUGGGGAUCCCCAUGACAAGAAAGAUAAACAAACCCAGAAGGUUUCCUCCAACCCCCCAACCCUUGUGCCCUUACCCUGCUCCGUCUCCCCUCCUGCCUUGUCCCAAACCUCACCGCUGGCUCUGCACGGCUCCAGGUCCUGGACAGAGGGGACACAGCAACACUUCAGUGUGAUUCAGUCGACUGGCCUGGCUGCCAACUCAAAGCCCCUGGCACUCCUCACUCAGCCCCGUAGGGAGUCUUCACCAUCUUCCUCCCCCAUAGCCCUCACCACAUCCCCAAAGGCGCUCUCCAGCACUGCCUCUCCCAAACCUCCCAAACUGCUGCCCUCCUCCUCCCCCCAGCACCUGCCCCUCUCACUCUGCUCUUCCCCUAAGCCUCUCUCCGUCCCCUCCCCCCCCCACUCGACUCUCCCACUGUCUACCUCCCCAAAACCUUUUGGUUUGACCUCAUCUGUAACAAGCUCCCAGAAGUCAUCGCUGAAGCCACCUCAGCACGCUCUUCCUGGCGCUGCCAAAUCCAACAAAAGGAAACUGCUGGAAGCUUCACUUGCGCAGAUCAAUGAGUUCCGGCUCAAACAGACUCUCAUGUCCCAAGGGCAGACGUUCCCAGCUGAGCUAAAGAAGCAGCAGCAGGGGCCAAACAAGUCUCCCAAGAGGACGUCUCUGUCUUCAUCGCCAUUGCCACCUGCUCCGCCUCCUCCACCCCAAAACAAUCACUCCAACCUCUUCCUCUCGAGUGCCCUGCUGGGCCUCCCCGAACCCCACCACCCCAAUGGAAUCAUCCAAAGCACCACUCAGGACACACCUUUGGCCCUCAUCACCAAACCUCGCAAAGACUCUGCCUCUCAAGGCAAGUCCCCUCAGUGCGACUCCGAUGCCGGGGCGAUGCCUGUCAAUCUGAGCACAGGGGCGAGCAGGACCCAAGCAACCGCCCAGGCUGGGCCUCCGUCACAGCCCCCCACUACCUCACCCCAUGCCACAGGCCAUGGAUCUAGAAAGAACAAGACCCCCAAGGGUAAGGGACAGACACCAGGGCUGGGACAGGGACAAGGACAGGGACAGGGACAGGGACAGGGACAAGCAGACCCUUUGGCUGCCUGGAAGGGGUUCUCUCAGAACCAUCUGGUACAGUCUCUAGUAGAUUUGUUUCGUGGAGGAGAGUCCGGGAUUGGGAUUCCUGGAGUUAGCAUCCCUGGAGUUGGAAUUCCUGGAGUAGGGAUCCCUGGGACAUGUAACCCCACAGCAGGUCUCCCUGCCAACAAGGAAUCUGACGACUCAGGAGAUGACGAUGAUGAUGAGGACGAUGAUCUCGAGGAGGAAGAGGACGAGGAGGACUCAGAUGAUAGUCUGUCAGAGUCUGACAGCAACUCAGACAGUGAUGUCUCCGGGAAGAAAGUGAAGGAGCUGAAGCUGCUGCCAUCUGGAUCAUCUAAAAAGGAGAUGACUCCCCGCAGGCUAACCAAAGGCCCAGAACUACUGAACACCUCAACCAAUCACACCGCCACCAGCUGCUCCCCUCUCAACCUACAGGUCAUCAAGACACCCACCAUUGUCACCAGCUCCAGUGCCUUGGCCUAUCACAGCUCUCCGGGCUCGUCCUCCUACAGCCUAGCCUCUCCGUUAGGCUUAGGGAAGAGGAAGAGGGUGAUGGAUGAGAAGGAGUUGAUGAUACCUCUGGAGCUGGGGUGGCGUAGAGAAACAAGAAUCAAAUCAGUGGCUGGACGGCCACAGGGCGAGGUUGCCUACUACGCCCCGUGUGGCAAGAAACUAAGGCAGUACCCAGAUGUGAUGAAGUAUCUAUCCAGAAAUGGAAUAAGUGGCAUCACGCGUGAUAAUUUUAGCUUCAGUGCAAAGAUAAGGGUUGGUGACUUCUAUGAAGCCAGAGAAGGACCCCAGGGUUUACAGUGGAGCUUGUUGAAGGAAGAGGAGGUCAUUCCUCGUAUUUUGGCCAUGGAAGGUCGUAGGGGUCGUCCCCCUAAUUCCGAGCGCCAGUUAGCAGGUGAAGGUGCCAAAGGUAACCGGCGGAGGAAGGGCCGACCCCCUAAUGUUGGCGAUCCGCUUGCGCCCGAGGGCCCCAGUCCCAGUGAGGUCAAACUUCUGCGCAAACUAGAGGCUCAAGAAAUAGCCCGUCAGGCCGCCCAGAUGAAACUGAUGAGAAAACUGGAAAAGCAGGCACUGGCACGUGCAGCCAAAGAAGCUCGGAAGCAGCAAGCUAUCAUGGCAGCCGAGGAGAGGAGGAAGCAGAAAGAGCAGAUCAAGAUUCUCAAGCAGCAGGAAAAGAUCAAGCGUAUUCAGCAGAUUCGGAUGGAGAAGGAACUCAGGGCGCAGCAAAUUUUGGAGGCCAAACGGAAAAAGAAGGAAGAGGCCGCCAAUGCCAAAAUACUGGAGGCUGAAAAACGGAUAAAGGAGAAAGAGUUGAGGAGACAGCAGGCAGAGAUCCUCAAACACCAGGAGUUGGAGAGGCAUAGACUAGAUAUGGUAUGGGAGAGGGAGAGGAGGAGGCAACAUGUAAUGCUGAUGAAGGCUGUUGAGGCUCGCAAGAAAGCAGAGGAGCGUGAGCGCUUGCGGCAGGAGAAAAGGGAUGAGAAGCGCCUGAACAAAGAGCGUAAACUGGAGCAGCGGAGGCUGGAGCUGGAGAUAGCAAGGGAACUGAAGAAGCCAAAUGAAGACAUGUGUCUGUCUGAUCACAAGCCUCUCCCUGAGUUCUCCCGGAUUCCUGGACUCAUCCUGCCAGGUCGCGCCGUGUCAGACUGCCUGAUGCUGAUGCAGUUCCUGCGAGGCUUCGGGAAGGUUUUGGGGCUUGAUUUGAAUGUGGAUGUGCCCACCCUGGGCAUGCUACAGGAGGGCUUGCUCAAUGUGGGGGACAGCAUGGGCCAAGUCCAAGACCUUCUCGUCAAACUGCUUUCUCUGGCAGUCUGUGAUCCUGGUUUGCCGCCUGGACAAAAGACAAAAACCAUGCUGGGAGACCACCUGACCAAUGUUGGCAUCAACAGGGAUAAUGUGUCUGAGGUGCUACAGAUGUACAUGGGAGCCCAUUGUGCCAAUACAGAUCUGGCUCCUCUGGCCCUCAGUCUGAAGACCAAGGCCUUCCAGGCCCACACGCCCGCUCAGAAGGCCUCAAUUCUGGGCUUCCUGGCUAAUGAGUUAGCCUGCAGCAAAGCUGUUAUCAGCGAGAUUGACAAGAGCCUGGAUCAGAUGGCAAACAUGAGGAAGGACAAGAUCAUCAUGGAGGGAAAACUGAAGAAGCUCAGGACCAUAUAUGCCAAACGCACUGGGAAGAGGGAGGCCAGCAUGGGCGUGGAAGAGAACCAGUCUGUUGGGACUCCGUCCUCAGCUGCCAAACGCAAGAGGAAACUGGGUGGAGACAGCGACGAUGAUGAAGAUGAUGAUGACGACAGCGAUGAUCCGGCUGAGGAGGAGGAGGAUGAGGAGGAGGAAGAAAUGAAGAAGGUUAAAAAGGUGGAGACAUAUGAUGAGGAUGAUGUUGACCAAGCCACCAGUAUUGAGGAGCUGGAGAAGCAGAUAGAGAAGCUGGCCAAGCAACAUCAUCAGACCAGAAGAAAGCUGUUUGAGAUCUCCCAUUCUCUUCGCUCCAUGAUGUAUGGCCAGGACCGCUACCGCCGCCGGUACUGGGUGCUCCCCCACUGCGGAGGGGUCUUCAUUGAAGCCAUGGAGAGUGGAGAAGCACCAGAGGAACUGGAGGAGGAGCGACAGAGGAGGAGGAGGGCAGCAGAAGAGGUCAAGGUCAAAGAGGAACCUCAGGAGAUCGAGUUGGAGAAGGAGAAACCCAUCAACCUGGAUGGGCAGAGCAUUCGAACACAAGGUCUGGAGCAAGAGAAAGAGGAGGAAAAGGAGGAGGAGGGGAAGAAGAACUCCCCGACCCUCUUCUACCAGCAACCAGGCUGUGUAUCCCAACUGUGCACACUCCGGGACAUCAGCAAGGACGUUGGCAAAGAAACUGUGAAGGCAGAGGAGAAAAAGAAGGAGAGUCCCCAUGUGAGACAAAAUGGCAGCCCCGUGGGUACUCCUAAUGCCACAACCACAGUAACAUCAUCCUCCCCCACUCACAAUACCUCUGAGCCAGCAGUAGCAACAACCCCCUCCAUGGUGACCACUAAUGACACUACAAACAUCCCUCCCCCAGCCUCAACCUCUUUAUCUGUCCCGUGCCUGCCAGCCCUACGUGACAGCCCAGGGAACACUCCCCCAACCUCUGCUCCAUCCCCGCAGCUCUCAUUCCAAGCCAACGACCAGCUACUCAGAGUGCUGACAGAGAGGAGCGGGCACUGGUUCAGUCUGCUCCCUCGCAACCCCUGUGACCUCUCCUCCCUCACUACGACUCCUCCGGGAGCGCCCCGUGUGUCUCCUCAGGCAUCCUCCACCCCAGCCAGGCCCAGAUCCCCACCUCCGUCCCCUGCCCUACCUCUCACCCCUUCUGCUGCCUCAGCCUCCGCCAGCCCACACCACCCAGCUGGCCUCCUCAACUACCCGAUAUCAGCCUUGCAGGGGAAGUCUGGUGGCUCACUGCUAGGAGUUUCUUUCGGAAGCUGGCCCAGUGGCAUGAUAAGUCCCGGCCUGCCUCUGUGCAGCAGCCCAAGCCCCAUGCCGGGUCACUCUCUGGAGGGCAACACGGCAGCAAGUGUCUCCAGUAAGAGUGAAUCACCUUUACCUCGCAUUGAGAAAACCUCAUCCAUGCCCUCUCCUGCCUUGGAAAUGCCCAAAUCCCUUGACCACCCUGCACCUCGGCCCAUCCCAGAGGAGAUGCUGACGGGGUGGUGGCGGGUGUCUGAUAUCGAGGAGCUGAGGGCUUUAGUCAAUGCUCUCCACAGCCGAGGUGUCAGAGAGAAGGGACUCCAGAGGCAGAUGCAGAAAUACAUGGAGAUCAUCCCCCAGGUCUGCACCAAACACAAAGACGUGGCCAUGAUCGAGCUGCGUGAGCUGGAGGAGAGCCAGGUCAGUGUGGAGUCGGUGCGAGGCUGGUGUGUUGAGGAGCAGGCGAUGGAGAUGGACAUUGCUGUGCUGCAGCAGGUAGAGGAACUGGAGAGGAAGGUCACUGCAGCCAGCCUCCAGGUCAAGGGCUGGACGUAUCCGGACCCUCAAUCUGAGCGGGAGGACCUGGUGUAUUACGAGCACAAGCCCCCAACAAAAUCAACACCAGCAUCGGCGGCAGACAAGGACUCCAAGGAGCAUCCAGAGGAGCGGGGGGAGAAGGGCGGGGUGAUGCGUCACCCGGACAACCCGCUGGACAUAGCAGUGACACGUCUGGCUGAUCUGGAGCGCAACAUCGAGAGAAGGUACCUGAGGAGCCCCUUAGGUACCACCAUUCAGAUCAGGCUGGAUAAUGUGGGUACGGUCACUGUCCCUGCCCCCGCCCCAUCCACUAGUGCUGACAGGGAAGGCGGUGAGGAGGAGGUGGCCCACGGUAUGAAGGUGUGGAGGAAGGCCCUGAGUGAAGUGCGUAGCGCUGCCCAGUUGGCCAUGUGUAUCCAGCAGCUGCAGAAGUCUAUUGCCUGGGAGAGGUCCAUCAUGAAAGUGUACUGUCAGAUGUGCAAGAAGGGGGAUAAUGAGGACCUCCUCCUGCUGUGCGAUGGCUGUGACAAAGGCUGCCACACUUACUGUCACAAACCCAAGAUCACCAGUAUCCCAGAGGGAGACUGGUACUGCCCGGCCUGCAUAUCCAAGGCAAGUGGUCCGUCCCCCAAAAGCAAAAAGCCUCAGAGCAAACCAGUAGCAUCCAGCGGAGGAGGCAGCAAGAAAGGUGGAGAGGCGAAGAAGAACGGGAAGCAGACAGGCAACGGGGAAGUGUCAGAGGAUGACUCGGCCAGCGCCAGCAGCACGCCCAAGAAAGGAGCAAAAGACACCAGCAGGAAGAGAAAAACAGAGGAGGCCUCACCUGCUCUGCCAGCAGCCAAUCAGGAGAACCCUGUGUGUGUGAAGCGAGCUAAGACCGCUAGAGACAACAACAGGGACCUAGGAUUAUGCAGGGUACUCCUUGCUGAGCUUGAGCGGCAUCAGGAUGCAUGGCCUUUCCUCACACCCGUCAACCUGAAAUCAGUCCCUGGCUACAAGAAGGUCAUCAAGAAACCGAUGGACUUCUCCACCAUACGUGAGAAGCUUGUGAGCAGCCAGUAUCAAAACCUGGAGACUUUCAUCAUUGACGUCAACUUGGUGUUUGAUAACUGCGAAAAGUUCAAUGAAGACAAUUCAGAAAUUGGUCGAGCUGGUCAUAACAUGAGGAAGUUCUUUGAGAAGCGCUGGACUGAGCUUCUGAAACAAACAAACUAAAAGUCUGUUCAGAUUCUCCCCCAUAAAACCAUUCAACUUUUCAUAUCGGAGCACCAGGUUUUACUUUUGUUUUUAUUUCCUGACUGAGAAGAUGGCUUUGCAGGAUGGAAGAAGAAGAAGUCAAAUUCUUAAUAAGGAAGCCCGCUGUGUGCUUAAGAAAGAUGUCACCUUGGAAAAAAAAAAAAGUCAUUACAUGAGGUGCGCUGGAUUUAUUACAACAGGGAUAAAAGCCCCAAAGAGUCCCAGAGAAAUGGGGUGUCGUAGUGCAAUACCAUUCCCUGUCUCAGAACACUGCACUGAAUGAAUCCUCAACUGUCACUGAUGUGUCUGCGCUAGAAUACUUUCCACUACUUGUAAAUAGUCUUUUGUUAUUUAAUCGUAUUAUAGUGAAUGUAUUUAAUUUUGUAAUAAUUAUUUAUGAAUCAAGGUCCACUUCAUUUUCUAUGAAAAGGAAGAAUCAGCUGAACUGCUUUGAAUUAAAAAAAAAAGGAAUGUGUCUUUGUGUUGUAAUUUUUCUCCCAAAUAUCAAACAAAGCCAAGAAAAAAAAAAAAAGAAAAACUGUUUACACUGUUCAGUGCUUUGGGGCAUCAGAGGACUGUAUUCAUUUGUUCAAACUGUAAAACUGCAUUUAUUUACAGGAACAGCAGAGGAACAGUUAGACAAUGGUGAUUCAUGUGUAUAUACUGUUUAUUAAUGUCAAUAUUAUGUCUUGUUUGGAACGAUGUGUAAAAAUUGUUUAAGAAUAUUAAGAUAUUGUUUAUGCCUUAGAAUGAUUGUAGCAUUCUAUUUUAGUGAACGUGAUGAAACAUUAUCAUAAAUAUUGUUUGUACAGUAUAUACAUAUCCUCUGCAAACACUGUGGUAUCCUUAAUCUUGGUAGUGCCUACCCUUCCAACAGGGGCAUGUAGGGGAUGUUAUUGUUUUUAGUUUUCAUUCUUAUGACAACAUUAUUUUUUUAUAUGAUUUCAAUCCAACAAGGCCUCCAAAGUUGGACAGUGACACAGAAAUCAUUCCUCACCAUAGCAGAAAAAAAGAAAGGAACAACAAGCAUUCAGUUAUGCUUCCAUGAUGCAUUUCCUCGUAAUCUGCCACAAUACAGAGGACCUAAGGCCAUUUGUAACCACUGUGUUGAACCUUGCUGUGUGUUGUGGCCUGAUGGAGGCAGCUAGAUUUUUUUGUACCCAAGUCAAGAGUACUUGAAGUUACUUUAUUUAAGAUAUUGUGGAAUAAAAGUAUCAUUCUUUUGUAGGAGCUUUAUUUUUCACUAGUGUGUGGCACGGACCUAUUAAAAGGAUGUUUUUCAACGUAAA